CCCUUUGCAAAAGAGAGGCUACUCGCACCGCGUACACUAGUCAUCUCGUCGAAGUGUCUGUGCAUUCGUGUUGCAUGUUCGCAGCAGACGACAGUAUCAUUACCCUUGGAGAUGAUCUUGAACAGUGGAUACUUUUCAGACUAAAAGGGGUUGAUCUCUGUGUUCUUGUGAAGUUUGAGUUAGAGAAGCAUACAAUAGCUGAGUAGUAGCAUUUGGUCCAAAAGCAUCAGAAGUGUUAAGUUUUUGUCCUCGAAGGCAGGUUCGUGGGCGGCCUUUGACGUGCAGUAAAAACGAGAUGAUGAAACAGCGCGGAAUUCGUAACUGGACAGCCAACAUAUGACGAUAAGUUUUAACUGUGGACAUGCAUAAUUCACCAAUCCUGUAAUGAGUUGUUCUGGAAUCGGAAGUCGUCUGACCAAUCCUUUGGCUCUAAAGUAAUCUUUAUAUGUGGAUAUUCACUUUUUUGUGGUGUGAACGUGCCGUAUUGAUAUUAGUGAGUUGUAAAGUUCGUCUUAAUACUAAGAAAGUAAAAUAAACUUUCACACACAGAAAAAUGGCAUUUUCAUCGAGAUGGAUUUGCAGUCAGUGUUUGAGAACCAAAAUUGGAUUCUAUCCGCUACCUCAUGUAAAAAAACCGCGCCAGUUUCAUGUGGCAGCGUCAAACUUGGCACAGAAACACACCUGGAUGCCACAUGAUCAGGUCCCAAACAAGUAUGUGACAAUGUACCGUGAUAUUCAUGGGCCAUCACUGCAUGAUGAUGAGGCAGCUCGUGAAUUUGUCUUCGCUCUCAACAGCAAAGAGCGAGAACAUUUGCUAGCACAGCUUCAGACAUUUGCCAUUGCACAGAGUACUGACUCUACAGGAUCACCUACCUCUGAGCAGCUUAGACUAGUGGCCUUGCAUCAGGCAUUGCCUUUCAUUGGAUUUGGCUUUCUUGAUAAUCUCAUCAUGAUCAUUGCUGGAGAAUACAUUGAUGCUAAACUAGGUGCUGUUCUUGGAAUUUCAACCAUGGCAGCUGCAGGCCUUGGAAACUUGAUAUCAGAUGUGGCUGGAGUAGGAUCUGCACAUUAUAUAGAGAGGUUUGUAGGUUGGUUUGGUGUUAAAACCCCACAUCUGACUCCACAACAAGUUGACCUGAAGUGGACUCGCUGGGCAUCCAGCCUGGGAAAGAUGAUUGGGGUUACCAUUGGUUGUCUACUGGGGAUGUUUCCUCUUCUCUUUUUCAAUAACAAUGAGAAAGAAGACCUUAGUACACCAGAAGCAUCAGUGCAAGAAGAUACAAAUCCUCGUAUAUAGAUAGAUCUGAUAGAUCUUGCAGUACAGUACUUGAGAAUGUCCUGGAAAUUUAGUCCACAAGUAAUAUAUUUUAAUGCUCUACCAUUCAGAAAUUUGCUGUUAAAUACGAGUUUUUGUUGCCUCUGUUUUUAUAAUAAGAUUUCCUACAACACUUUAACAUGCAGUGUCUUGUAGCAAUUGGUACCAGAAUUGUGAUGACAGAUUAUGAUUCUGUUUACUUUAAUGUACCUUCUAACAGUCUAGUUUUAUUUCUGGAAAAGCAUUAAGUAUUUUUUUCAGAAUGUGCAUGUAUACAUACAUGAAUGAAUUCUUUUUAUAUAACUUUUACAUUUGCAUGUAUAUAUGCGCGCACGCACACACACAUUUGCGAGUAAUAUUAAAAACAAAUUGAUUUCAUUUAGCUUUAUAUGGGGCAUAAUGAUUGAAGUGUAAGUGUUUAAAUAACAUUAAGGUAGGAAGAAACUACAACUAUUCAGCAGAACAGAAAAAUGAUAAAGGAUAAAUAUUAUUGCCGCAAAACAAAAUUUUAACAUCAUAAUGUGCUACAUGAGCAUGAUGUUCACCUCAAAAUCCAUGUGAUGUCUAUAAACCAAUCUAAGGGUUUGAUUUGGCAAUGCAUUGAUUUUUUAUUGAGAAUGACAAACUGCCAUUGUAGUGCUAAUGUUUCUUAUAAAACAUUGUAAUGUUGUCAGUGAUAAGUUACUUCGAUAACCAUAGCCUUUUUUUUGUCUGCUAGGUACUUCAUGUGUAUAUUUGGACAAUAAGAUUUAACAUUAUUAAUUACUUAGAAAUGAAUGAUUUACCCUUGAUCAUAAAAACUACAUGUGUGUGUGUAAGAGUUAGUGUGUGGCUGUUUUAAUUAUGAUGUAGAUCUAUUUCUGUAAAAAUAAGUUUUUAGAACACAGUGUACUGUAAAUUACAAAGGGGGUCUCUUUUGAAGCAUUUAAUUUAUUGUUUUCAGAAAAACUCUUUAGUGUUAGGAAUGAGAAUGUAAAAUUCUGAGGUUUUUUUGUUUUUUCUAUUUUCUCAAUUUUUACGUGAUAGUGGGUGCUAUAAAUGUGAUAAAAUGAGUAGUGUAAGUUAAAAUACCUAAAGUUUUGUUACAAUGGUUUAUGUCAUGAUUAUGCUCGGAUUUGUAAUCAUUUAUAAUGUUUGUAUUAUUUUUGUAUGUUGUCAGUAAACUAUUAUUUAUUUUUACACAGUAUUUGAGAUUUUCAUAUAAAGAUCGUUUAUAGCAAAGUGCUCUCAUAUGCAAGAAAAAGUUUUGGAAUUAACUUUAUUACAACCUCGGUUUAAAUUAAAAUAAAAAAACCUUUAAAAUACUUUUUUCAAAUGGCUGGGUGUUCAGUUUGUUGACGGAAGCUACCUCCCAAAAUCUGAUCAGCAACUCUUUUCUGUUCUUGAUAUACAAGGUUUCAAAAUUUUGAUAUUACUACUUGUGCAUUGAAACAAGUCAGAACCAAUGCAGAUGCUGUUGUGGGUGUAAAGCCUGAAAGCAUUUGCAUCUUGUAAAUGAAAAUACAGGGGUGGUAUGGAGAACAUGAUUAGUUUUCUCCUAUUUUGAAUAUUAGUAAAAUGUAAUCGACCAAUCAUAUCAGAAGCAUUUUUAGGUUGAUGUUUAAAGCAUGAUUGAGACAAUGCAUUUUAUUUAUUUGUAAAGCUUUAAAGCUUAAUUAUGUUUUUGAUUGAUGCAUUGUAAUUAUAAAGGAAUUUUUAGAUGAUAAUUAUGAUUUGAUCUUUGGCUAUAUUGCGAUUAUGUUAUUGUAUCUAAUUUCAAGCAUACUUUAUAAUAAUCAUAUUUACUCUCUCUCUAUCUAUUGAUAUUUGCAUCUAGUGAUACACCUUUUGACACUUGAGGUGAUGGAAAAUGGCUGUGAAAGCAAUCAUAAACCGAGUUACUGUGUACCUGACCAGACCUCCGCACAUCAUUUUGUAACCUUAUUGCUUAUCCUGGAUUAAACAGCCCUUAUAUAGUUGGUAUAUCUUUUGAUUUCUUUUCACCCUUUCUGCUAAUAGUACAGGUAACAGUUCCAUACAUCAAUUAAAUAUGGAAAUAGUUGAUAUUUUACCUGUGAUAUUGUAGUGUGGUCUGUUGUCACAGUUGGGAUCACCCAGACAGUAUCUUUAUCAAUUCCAUUCAGUUUACAUUGCUUGUAUGUUUUUAAGGGCUUGUAUUCAUGGCCAUGAGCAACUUACCCAAGAAUAAAUUUUCCUGAACCUGGAUAGGGAACUAGUUGAUUAAGUUAACCUGAUUCCUGAGCCAAGGGUGAAGCAGGAAAUCUAGCACUAAAAUGAACACUAUUUUUUUUUAAUCAGAAAAGCAAGAAAGAAGCUGCAGACAGUAAAAUUUAUUCAUCCUAACCAAAUGAUGUUUAAUAAUGACCAAAAUAUUUAUUUUCACUUGGAAACAAAAUGACCAGUGGGGAGAUCGGGAUCCCCCUAGAGGCCAUAAUGUCUAUUGCAAUAUUUAGUUUUGUUCAUUAUGUAUGGUGUCGACUACUUUCAGACUUUGAAUUCAAUAAAAAUGGUAUGUACCAAACAGUUUUGUACAAUUACAUUUAUUCAGUUUAUUUGUAAGGCUGAGAAAAACUGUGUUCAUUUUUAUUGAACAAAAGAGAUCUAUAUUUACCCUACAUCAGAGAAAGUUAUCAGAAGAGGCCCUCUGAUAAACUUCUGGGUGGUAAAACAAUUUGGGUAGGCCUAACCUGAGUCCAUGAAUUUGAGGAUUUAGGUUUUAUUUACAGGUAGUUGAUGUACCCAGUCUGGGUAGGGAGACAGGUUGGUCAAACACGCUUCAUGAAUACAAGCCCAGAAUGAUGCAGUACCUCAGGUCUUUUACUUUUAAGUUUAAUGGUUUUGAUCUUCAUUCGGAAUUCCACUAUAACUUUGAUAGUUGAAUGUUUAUCAGCAAUGAUGUCAGAAUCAUUAGGAAAGAUGAAGCCUUUGUGUGUGGAUUUAUUCUUGGGUACAUGUGCCUGUAAUGGAUCUGUCAGUUUGCCUUAUGUUGGCACAUCUCAGUUUGAGAAGAGAGCAGUCCAGUUUUUUCAAUGUUUUAAACAUUUUGUAAAAUAAGUGUUAUCAACACAUUUUAUACCUCCUCCAGGUGCCUCAUAUUCCACUGGUAAAACUAAUUGUACAAUGCUUAAAUUACAUUUGAUAAAAAUACAUGUUUUCAUUACUUUGAGAUGCAUUUUUAAGUCAUCACUUCCUCUGUGUUUGCAGACUGUUUAUCCUAAUAUAUUAUUUCUGAUUUUUUAAUGAUGUAGUAAAGCUAUUUAAUUACUGUACAUGCACCUUUUAAAGUUCCUUAUUUAGUUUACUAGUACAAUGGGACUAUUUUUGGGAGCCGCUUCUCCACAUCAGUAAUUCUGUUGCUGUGCACAAGGUAUAUGCAAACUGCCUUCUUAGAUCUGUUAGAAGCUCAUAGAUGAUUGUUGAAUUGCUUCAUAUAUUUAGUGAAUGAUUGGCAGUGUCAGAUAAACUAUUAAAUCUCUAGUUGUCCUUUAGGAUCUCCACUUUUUAUUUUCACAGUGUGUUCUGAGUUGUCAAGACUUUGCUAAAUCACUGAUGUUGCACAAGCCCUUGUAGCAAGUAUGAAAUAAGUUAAAUUGGAAGUAAACUAGCUAAGGGUCAAAUAACAAUUUAUAGAAUAUAAAUACAAAAUUCAUAUUAUGCUACUUCGAGGGACGUGCAGAAAUUUAAUUUGACUUUUCAGUUGUGCAUUGUAUUCACCUGGAAAAGGAUAGAGAAUGCUAGAUAGCAAAUGCACAGGCUAAGGUGCCAGAAAAGAUUUUUAAGUUGUAUUUCUGUUUGCUGCUAAACAUUGAUAAUGUAUUCAUUUAUAGGCAGUGCAUGAUUUGCUUUACACUUGGUAUUUAAAUGGUGGAUUUUGUUGACGGUUGUUAGGAAGGUGUGUUUGGUUACACUUGGUGAGGAGCACCAUUAUGAAAGUGGUUUUUAAAAUGAUAAUGUUUAUUUCAGCAGUAUUGCAAUAGUUAGCAUGUGGUUAUGUCAUUUUGGACACAUUAAUUAGUUGCAAUGGAUGUGGGUAUUGAAUUUUUUGGUAUACUUUUUGAUGUAGUACUUGAUGUAAAACUAUCAUUUAAA